UCACUCCUUUUAUGUCUAGCCCAUCCGUAAUAGUAGUGUUUUGUUUCCUGAAACCUGGAAGAGGGAUUUUGAAACCCAGACCAAAACCAAGCCUCAUUUCUGUCCCCCGUUCUCUCUGACACUUACCACCACCAUUCACCAUUUCACCUCCAUCUUCCUCCCUCCCCACAUUCCUUCUCCGCACUCCUAACCUAACCGUAAUUCAAAAAUUGCCUCUCAAUGUACUCCACCGCAUUUGUUUUCUUCUUCUCUCUUCUCCUUUCCCUCUCAAUUCUCUUUCUCCUCGCCCCCCGCAUCUUCUCCCCUCACUCUUCCCCCCCGUCGAUUCCCCUCCGCGACGAACUCGACGACCUCUCUCUCUUCAAUCGCGCCUCUUCUCUCUCUCGCUCUCAUUUGUCCUCUUCUAACCCUAAACUCAAGAUCGCUUUCCUUUUCCUCACCAACUCUCAACUUCAUUUUUCCCCUCUCUGGAACCGUUUCUUCCAGAAUGCUAACCUAAAUCAAUACAACAUUUACAUCCACGCUGAUCCCUCUGUUAAUAUCACUUCUCCAUCGGGCGUUUUUGCCCAUAAAUUUAUUCCUUCUAAACGCACUUACCGCGCCUCGCCUACACUCAUCUCCGCCGCGCGUAGGCUUCUCGCUACUGCCAUCCUCGACGACCCGGCCAAUGCGUUCUUCGCUCUCCUCUCGCAGCACUGCAUCCCUCUGCAUUCGUUUCGGUAUGUUUACAACUCGCUGUUCACUUCUACAACCUUCGAUUACUCGUCAUCGCCCGAGUCAACCACGGCUUUCGGAGUCCGAGUUCGGUACAAGAGUUUUAUCGAGAUAAUCUCCAAAGAUCGAUUGCUAUGGAAGCGGUACAUUGCGCGUGGGCGCUACUCGAUGACGCCGGAAGUGCCUUUCGAUCGGUUUAGGGUCGGAUCUCAAUUUUUCGUUUUGACACGCAAGCACGCGCUUGUGGUGAUUAAAGAUCGGAAGCUUUGGAAUAAAUUUAAGAAACCGUGUUACACGGCGGACCAGUGUUAUCCAGAAGAGCAUUAUUUUCCGACUUUGUUGUCAAUGCAGGAUCCGGAUGGGUGUACCCGUUACACUCUCACUCAGGUCAAUUGGACGGGGAGCACCAACGGCCACCCUUACACAUACAAGCCCAAUGAAGUGUCACCACAGCUUAUUCAUCAGUUGAGGGAGUCGAAUAACUCAGAAUCUAACUUAUUUGCGAGAAAAUUCUCACCGGAUUGUUUGAGACCGUUGAUGAAAAUUGCAGAUUCGGUCAUUUUCAAGGACUGAUCAAGAUCAAGAGUUGUUCCUGGUGGAAAGAUGAAAAAGAGUUAAUGGAGAGAUUUUGGAGUCAAAAUAGAGGGGAAUAUGGUUUUGAAGAGGCGUAAAAGUGCCCACAACCUGCCAACCCCAAAAGCUCCGAACUUUACAUACAAGGGAUUGAAAAGAGUGGUAAGCAUAAAGCUUUGAUUUGAUUUGAUUGUGUAACAAAUGGUUAUGGCAAUAGUAGGAAGUGGGUUUAAUCGUUUUGCUGUGUGAUUAUUUGUACAUAUUAUUGUAUGAAAAAUUAAUCAAACGGGAUCCACUAGAAUCGGCGAAAAGUGGUACAGUAAGUACUACAAAUGUGAGAGAAUAGUUAUGGUUUUAGUGUCAAAAUGAAGAAGCUGAGCUAAAUUUGGCUCCUCCUUUUCUCAUUUUCAUUUUGAACUUGGGUUUGUAAUUUGUAUUCUCCCAUUCUGAAACCCUCUUCCAUCACUCUGUAUGUGAACAUAAGAAAUGUAUGGACAAGUACAUCCUGGGUUGGGACA